CACAGACUGCAUCAGUUUCUUGAAAGAGAAGCAACAUGAAGAGCUACUACAAGCUGUGCGUUCUUCUCGCUCUGCUGGUUUCUGGUUACACCAGCCCUAUAGCGCCACCUGCUGAUAAAGACAAAGAGAGCAUCGCAGUGAAUUACCUGACUCAGUUAUAUGGCUUGCCAAAGCAGACCAAUUCUGAUGCUGAAAAACGCUCCAGUGCCAUGAGUCUGAGGUUGAAAGAGAUGCAGCAGUUCUUUAAACUCAAGGUGACAGGGAAGCUGGAUGAGGAGACGCUGGAUUUGAUGAAGAAGCCACGCUGCGGGGUUCCAGACGUUGCGGCCUACUCUACUUUCCAAGGGGACUACAAGUGGAAAAAACAUGAUCUGACCUACAGGAUUGAGAACUACACCCCUGACAUGUCUGAAGCUGAGGUGGAUGAUUCCAUUAAAAGGGCCCUGCAAGUGUGGGCAGAUGUGACUCCUCUGAGAUUCACACGUAUCUACAGCGGCACAGCUGACAUCAUGAUCUCCUUUUCUGUUAGAGAUCAUGGUGAUGGAUACCCCUUUGACGGGCCAAAUGGUUUUCUGGCUCACGCUUUCCCUCCAUUUGAAGGCAUCGGUGGUGAUGCCCAUUUUGAUGAUGACGAGAAGUUCCUCUACAGAUCUCCUCACGGUUACAAUUUGUUCCUGGUGGCUGCCCAUGAGUUCGGACACUCUCUUGGGCUCGAACAUUCCCAGGAUCCGGGUGCACUGAUGUAUCCCACCUACGUUUACAGAGACAUCGAUACCUUUGUCCUCCCUAAAGAUGAUGUCGACGGAAUCCAGUAUCUUUAUGGCCCAAACUCUGAUGGAACAGGUCCAAAACCCCCACCACCAGUUACCCCAAACAAAUGUGAUCCCAAACUGGUCCUGGAUGCUGUCACCAUGCUCCGCGGAGAGAUCAUGUUCUUCAAAGGAAGCUUCUUCUGGCGUAGUUAUCCUCUGAGUAGAAACGUUGAACAGCAUCUCAUCAAAAGCUUCUGGCCUCAGAUUCCAAAUCAUAUCGAUGCAGCAUUCGAGAGUACAUUUGAGGACAAAGUCUUCAUUAUCAAAGGUGAGAAGGUGUGGGCUCUCUAUGGCUACGAUGUGGUACGGGGAUAUCCCAAGAGUCUCAGCAUGUUCCGUUUGCCAAAAAAAGUGAAGAAAGUCGACGCAGUCCUCUACGAUGAGACCAGCUACAAAAUCCUGUUUUUUGUUAACAACAAGAUUUAUAGUUACAAUGAGGAGCAACGCAGAAUAGAGAAAGGUUAUCCUAAACCGGUGGAAGAAGUUUUCCCUGGAAUGACUGGCAAGGUGACCGCUGCCUUCCAGUUUAAAGGUUUCAACUAUCUCUUCAGUGGAUCAAAGAUGUUUGAGUUUGGAGCCUACAACAGAAAGCUGCUCCGUGUCCUGAACAAUAAUUAUUUCCUGCCCUGUUAGUCAGUUCAAGUUGAGUUUCUCUUUAAAGCUCAGCAAACUACUGCCUGCAUGAAGGAGAAUCUGACCUGUCAGUGUUUUUAAAGUAAAUUAUUAAUUAAUGUAUUAAUUGUAUAACUUAUUUUACAGUAAAGUAUUAUUUGCAACACAAGAACAAAACAAAACAUGUCCUAU